AUGAGGUUCCGUACUAACCUCAAGAACAUCCGCACCUUCUCGAAGCUUGUCGCGGCUCUGGCGGCCCUCGAGAAGAUUGCGUGGGUUCGGCUCGACGAUGACAAUGUUCGUUUCACGGUAAUUCCGGAUACGGGUUCGCAAGUGUGGGCGUCACUUGGUAUCGAUCUCAUCUUUGAUUCCCUAACGUUACAGUCCAACGAGCCCAACAACACAAUCAACCUCGAACUGCCGCUCGUACCGCUCCAGCGUGCCCUCAGAUCCGCCCUCAACGGCGACUCUGCCACUCUGAGGCUCACCAAGAAGGAUGGUGUCCCCAUCUUAUCCAUGACAAUCACCACCUCGACGCGUCCUUCCAACCCGAACGGCUAUGGCAGCGGGUUCUCACGGUUCGGUGGAGGUGGGGCCGCACCAUCCGGCUACGCCAACAACUACAGCGGCGAUGACAACGACGGCAUAUUCGCCGCCGAGCCCUUGGAGACAAGCCUUCAUCGUGACCGCGAGAAAAUUAUCACACAGGACAUCCCCGUCCGCGUCCUGCACCCUGAGACCGUCGAGACUAUUAUGCAGCCCAAAGUCCGCGAGCCGGACGUUCACAUCCAGCUACCGCCUCUUCUCCAACUUAAAGCCAUAUCAGACCGCUUUACUAAGCUCGCCCUGGCAGCGGCAGAGAGUGGUAGUGGGGGCCGCGGCGGCAAUGCAAAUAGCAACCCGAAACUUGAGAUUUCGGCUAAUAUGCACGGCGACCUAAGGCUGCGGCUCGACACGGACACGCUGCAGGUCGAGUCGGCCUGGCACGGCCUGGAGAAUCCAGAAGUUGACCCUGCGCAGUUGUCGUGCGCCAUCGAGGACCACCCAUCCACACGUUUCCGCGAAGCUGGGCCAGACAAGUGGGCGACUGUCCGCGUGGAUGGCAAGGACUGGAGCAAAGUCCUCAGCGUCGGCAGGCUGGAUGGCCGAGUCAUUGCCUGCUUUGCUGAUGACCAUGCGCUGAUAUUAUACGUGUUUGUCGCCCAGUAUGAUGAUGGCGGCGGCGGGGACGAUUCAGUUCUCACUUACUACGUUUCAUCGUACAGUCUGUAG